AUGGAUCCCGUUAAAUUAGCAAAGUUGCAGGCGCAGGCAGCGGCCAACCGGCUGGGUGGAAAGGGAACUGUGCGACGAAAAGUUGUCCGGAAAACAAAGCCCUCAGGGGCACAGGAUGACAAAAAACUGCAAGGCGCACUCAAAAAAUUGAACGUCCAGCCCAUCGCCGGUGUUGAGGAAGUCAACAUGUUCAAAGAAGAUGGAACCGUUCUUCACUUCCAGGCUCCGAAAGUGCAUGCUGCCGUUUCAGCGAAUACUUUUGCUAUCUACGGUACCGGUCAAUCGAAGGAGCUCACCGAGCUCGUUCCUGGAAUCUUGAACCAACUCGGUCCAGAUUCCCUUGCCUCCCUACGCAAACUCGCGGAGUCCUAUCAGGCCAUACAGCAAGGCCAACGAACAACAAACCCUGCCGCAGAAGACGACGACGACGAUGUCCCCGAUUUGGUGGAAAACUUUGAUGAGGCGGAUAAGACGGCUGGCUUAGACUAA